CUAAGUUUUCAUCCAUGGCGUCAUCAUCAUCUUCUUGCUCUUCUUUUACAGUCAUAUGUUGCUUGUUGCUGUUCACAGCAAUGGCUUCUGCUCAAUUAACUGCUAACUUCUAUAGCCAAACUUGCCCAACUGCUAUGUCCAUUAUUCGUGGCGGUGUUAGCACUGCAAUUGCCAGAGAACGUCGCAUGGGUGCAUCGUUGCUUCGUCUUCAUUUUCAUGAUUGCUUUGUUAACGGAUGUGAUGCAUCAGUUUUGCUUGAUGAUUCUGCUACCAUAACAGGGGAGAAAACAGCUGGACCAAAUGUGAAUUCUAUUAGAGGAUUUGAAGUCGUUGAUACCAUUAAAUCGCAAUUGGAGUCAUCAUGUCCCGGUGUUGUCUCGUGUGCUGAUCUCCUAGCUGUAGCAGCACGAGACGCGACUGUCCAACUUGGUGGUCAAACAUGGAAUGUUGUUUUAGGAAGAAGGGAUUCAACUACUGCAAGUUUAUCUGCUGCCAACACUGAUCUCCCUUCACCGUUCUUGAAUCUCCCUCAGUUGAUUUCUGAGUUCGCAAACAAAGGUUUCUCGGCCCAGGAAAUGGUUGCACUCACUGGAGCUCAUGAAAUCGGCCAGGCUAGAUGCGGAGUGUUCAAAGAGCGAAUCUACAAUGAAACCAACAUCGAUCCAUCUUUCGCAUUAGCCAUGCAAAGAAAUUGCCCUAGAACUGGAGGUGAUGCUAAUCUGGCUCCUCUUGAUAGCACCACCCCAACAGUUUUCGACAACGCUUUCUUUAGAAACUUGGUUAACCGAAGGGGUCUUCUUCAUUCCGAUCAACAAAUCUACAGUGGAGGUUCCACAAAUGCGCAGGUCGACCGAUACAGGCUCAACUCGGCUGCUUUUUUUAGGGACUUCGCCAAUGCGAUGGUGAAGAUGGGAAACCUUUCCCCACUCACGGGUACCAAUGGCCAGAUUAGGACCAACUGUAGGAGGCCAAACUAAGUCCAUGCCUUAAUUUUGAACACAAUAUCAGUGAAAGUUGUAUCUUCAUAAUAAACUUUAGGCAUGUUUGAUUCAUUAUAAUGAUGUAAACGUAAUAUUG